AUCCAAGUACACAUACCACACAUACUUCAGUCCACCAUCACUCCUACCACCACCACAAACCACCAAUGUUGCAUUCACCACCACACCUCCUCUCCUCCACCACCACUUUUCUUCCCCACAUUUCCCUUCACCCAAAGUUCCAUUUCUUAAAAACUACACGACCCAACAAACAAUUUCCAGCCACACUUCACUUAUCUCAUCAUCCUUUACUUGCUCAACUUUCCGAUGUCACCACUUCACCGGCUGACGGCCCAGUCGAGCUCCCAUUUUCCUUGCCGUCUUUUAUCUCCGCAGACGAUAAUCCUUCCACUAUCCAAGUCGCCACCAGCGUCCUCCUCACCGGCGCCAUCUCCGUUUUCCUCUUUCGUGCCCUCCGCCGCCGUGCUAGACGCGCCAAAGAACUGAGAUUUAGAUCAACAGGAGCUAAAAAGACAUUGAAAGAGGAAGCACUAGAGAGUUUGAAAGCAAUGACACCGGUUGAGGAAAAUGCUCCUCCGUCGGCUCUUCAGGCAUUGCUAGGAGGUCUGUCUGCAGGUGUUAUUGCGCUUAUUCUGUAUAAGUUCACAGCCACCAUUGAAGCUUCUUUGAACAGGCAAACGAUUUCAGAUAAUUUCUCGGUGCGACAAAUCACAAUAACAAUAAGGACGAUCAUUAACGGGAUAUGCUACCUUGCCACGUUUGUUUUUGGCAUCAACUCUUUAGGGCUAAUACUUUACUCAGGCCAGCUUGCUCUUAACUCGAUAAUGGGAGAUUCUCCAAAUGACGUAACACAGAACACAGAUAAAACACAACUGAACUCCAGUGAUUCUGAAUUGAACAUGAACGGUGGAGAUCAAGAUUCAAGUAGCAAGGAACAAUAACAUAGAUGAGAAAAUGGACUUCGAAAACCAGGUUUUAAUGUUGUGAAUCAUGUUUGUAGUGUAGGUCUAUACUACGAUAUGUUUGUUAUAUAUCAUUCAUUUUAAGAGCAUUGUUGCAAGCAAUGAUAAAUCCUUGAUCACAA